UAGAGAGGAAUGUUGUUGGUGAUAAGGUCGUUGACUUGACUCGACUUCUUCAACAUCAAACACUCUUUCCGAAAAUCAAUAUGUUCAUAGCAAGAAGCGGAGUAUAAUUUUGUUUGAAGUUCGAUGCACAAUUCCAGACUAUCAAUCUCCAGAUUAAUUCCAAAACAUUUUUUGAUUUGUUUCAUAAUUCGUGAGACAAUUCUUUCCGUGAUCCUCUAUAUCUGCCUGUUUUUUCUAAAGGAGAAUCAAGAGCAAUGGCGGUAGCAGAGCUCUUCCUGUCUGCAAUCAUUCAGGUGUUGUUUCAGCAGUUGACCUCUGGCAUAAUUAAGUCAUUGGCCAAUCGGGAGAAAGUCGAGAGUCAUUUUGAGAAGUUGAAAUCCAAUCUGACCAUCAUUCAAGCUGUGCUCGAAGAUGCGGAGGAAAAGCAAUUGACCCAGAACGAUGUAAAAGUAUGGAUGGAGAGCCUCAGAGACUUGGCUUAUGAUUUGGAGGAUAUAUUGGAUGAGAUCACCACUCAAGCUUCCAUUGAACGAUCAAAGGGGAUCCAACACAGUAGAGCCAGUAUGGUGUGGAAAUUUAUCCCAACUUGCGGCAUCUUUGUGCCUAGUGCAAUAAUAUCUAAUAAUAAGAUGAUGUCCAAGAUAAAGGAGGUCACAAACAGGUUGCAGAAUAUAGUAGAGCAAAGGACUAAAUUUGGUCUGAAGGUUAGUUCAGUUGGCCACUCAAACCGAUCAUCAGUAGUAAGGUCACCUAGCACUUCUGUGGUAAAUGAGUCUCAGGUAUAUGGAAGAGAUGAAGAUAAAGAAGCAAUAAUGAAAAUGUUGCUUAUGGAUGAAGAUUGUCGUGACAAUGUUCCUGUCAUUCCAAUAGUUGGAAUGGGUGGUAUUGGCAAAACCACUCUUGCCCAGCUGGUUUAUAAUGAUAGAAAUGUUAAGCAGAAUUUUCAUGUGAGGGCUUGGGUGUGUGUCUCAGAAGAAUUUGAUGUGGUUUCUAUCACCGAAAAACUUUAUGAGUCUGUAACUGGGGAGUCUGGUCAGUCCAAGGCCUUGGAUAUACUUCAGGUGAGGCUAAAAGAGGAGCUGGGAAAGAGCAAGUUCCUUAUUGUGUUGGAUGAUGUUUGGAAUGAAAACUAUACAAAGUGGGAUGCUCUAUGUGUUCCUUUUCAGUUGGGGACACGUGGGAGCAGGAUUAUUGUUACAACUCGCAACGAGAGUGUUGCAUCAGUGGUAGGUUCGCCUCGUGCCGCUUACCAUGUGAAACUUUUGACUGAUGAUGAUUGCCUAUCCCUAUUGGCUCAACAUGCUAGGAGAUCUUUCCAUGACAAUUUAGAGUUAAAAGAUGUCGGUUUGGGACUGGUGAAGAAGUGUAAAGGUUUGCCUUUGGCUGCUAAGGCACUUGGUGGCCUCUUACGCUCUAAAGAAACUAAGGAGGAGUGGUUUGAUGUGCUAACUAGCAAGAUAUGGGAUUUGCCUGAGGAAAAUAUCCUUCCUGUUUUAAGAUUAAGCUAUCACCAUCUUCCUCCACAUUUGAAGCAUCUCUUUGCUUAUUGCUCCAUAUUUCCAAAGGACUACGACUUUGAAAAGAAUGAGUUAGUAUGUUUGUGGAUGGGAGAAGGUUUUCUGGAAAAGCAAAAUAGUAGGAAAACUAAGGAGGAGUCAGGCCUUGAGUACUUCAAUGAGCUUUUGUCAAGAUCCUUUUUUCAACGUGCAAGUGAUAGGGAUGAAUAUUUUGUUAUGCAUGACCUUAUAAAUGACUUGGCUCAAUUUGUUGCUGGGGAGACAUGCUAUCGUCUGGAUGAGAAAAUGGAUACCAAUCUGGAAUACAAGAUUCCUACGAAAGCUCGUCAUGGUUCAUUUCUUCGUCAUGAAUACGAAGUUUUCAGAAAAUUUAAGGCUUUCAGUGAAGUUCAAGGCUUGAGGACAUUCUUACCGAUGCCUGUCCAAAAUGCACUUGUUUGCCCUCCUUUCUACUUAUCAAACAAGAUCUUAGCGGAACUGAUACCUGAAUUGCACAGCUUAAGAGUACUUUCUCUAAGUGGCUACUCCAUCACAGAGUUGCCAAGUUCAGUCUGCAACUUGAUACGUCUAAGGUAUCUCAAUCUAUCUGGGACUUCAGUUGUUAAAUUGCCAGAUACUUUAGGUGAUAUCUACAAUUUGCAAACCUUGUCACUACGUAACUGCCGUGCAAUAUGCAAGUUACCGUCAACCAUGGGGAAGCUGUCUAACUUGCGGCACCUUGAUAACUCCGGUACUGAUCAACUGAAAGAUAUUCCGGUCGAAAUUGGUGUGUUAAAUAGCCUUCAAACGUUACCAAAAAUUGUUUUGAGCAAAGAGGGUGGCCUGGGAUUAAGGGAAUUGAGGGGUUUGAAGCAGUUGAGGGGAUCACUUGCCAUUUUUGAAUUGCAAAAUGUGACGAAUAUUGAGGAUGUAAAGGAGGCAAGUCUAUGCACACACAAACUUGAUGAAUUGCAACUGACAUGGGGUAGUGAAAUGGAUGAGACCCAUGACAGAAGUGCAGAAGAAGAAGUGAUGGACUCUCUGCAUCCUCAUGAAGAGUUGAGAAGUCUCAAGAUUUCUUACUAUGGAGGAGUUGGUUUCCCAUGUUGGAUAGGGAAUCCUCAGUUCAAAAAAUUGUCCAGUAUCAGUAUCCUCAGUUGUUUGGAAUGUAAAUAUUUACCACCACUAGGACAGCUUCCGGAGCUUAAACACCUGCUUAUGGGAAGCAUGCCAAAAUUCAAAUGCAUCUCAACUGAGUUCUAUGGGAGUGGUUUUGUGGAUCCAUUUCCGAAACUUGAGACGCUAAGAUUUGAUUACAUGCCAAAAUGGGAGAAAUGGGCUGCUUCUGCUGAUGGGGAAGACAUUAAGUUCCCAAAUCUUCGUCAGCUUACUAUAUCCAGGUGCAGCAAAUUAACCAGUGUCGCUCCACUGAACUUUCCUGUGCUGCAGGAGUUGGAUCUCGAAGGGUGUAGCAAGGUUUUGCUAGAAAGUUUCAAUAAUCUUGACUCCUUAAAGACCUUGAAGGUUGAGGCUGUUACAGGGCUCUCACAUCUACCAAGGGAACUUUCCCAGUCCUUACUAGCACUUGAAGUCUUAGAGUGCUGUAGCUGCAGUGAGCUGCUAUCACUGUGGCCAGAAGAAACUUCACUCGAACAUCUUACCCAUCUAAAGCGCCUAGUCAUUGCAGAUUGUAAGCAGCUUGUAUCAAUGGGACAAGGAGAGCAGCACUUUCCUCGCAAACUUGAAGUUCUUGAAGUCUUUCGCUGUGAAAAUUUGAUUACCCUCCCAAAUGACUUGAGUGAUCUCAGCUCACUAAGGGAGUUGAUUAUAAAGAAUUGUCUUAAAUUUGUCAACUUCCCUGAGAGUGGCCUCCCCCCCAUGCUGAAACGCCUCGAGAUACUCAGCUGCAAUGCAUUAGAGUCCCUUCCCAGUAACAUGUCUGGCCUGGAAAGGUUGGAGAUCAAGAAGUGCUCAUCCCUGAGGACCUGGGCAAGAGGUAAUUUCCCAGUUUCUGUAAAGAAACUUGCAAUUGAAAACUGCCCCAAACUCGAACCAGUUCCAGAGCUGAUGUUUCCCCCACACAGCAGCAUUAUGCUGGAAGAUCUUAGUUUACGCACAUGGCCAGACUUCAGUAAUCUCCUACAGCGAUUGCAUGGGUUUUCACAUCUUAUUGAGAUAAAACUAUCGAAGUGUCGUCUACAGGAAUUCCCGGAACAAGGCCUGCCACCGAGCCUCAGGACACUUUCUAUUGAAAAAUGUGCAAGUCUCAAGUCAUUGCCAGAAAAGAUUCGUAGCAUGAAAACCCUCGCAUCACUUGAGCUACGAAGUUGUCACAGGCUUGAUAAUUUUCCACAAUUUGGUUUGCCUCCGAAUUUAUCUUCACUUAGGAUAUGGGAUUCUAAGAGAUUCAAGCCCCUUUCAGAAUGGGGCCUGCGCAGGCUCUCUUCUCUAAGGGAGUUCUCCAUCUGUGGUGGAUUCAAAGAGCUUGAGAUACUCGGUGGUGACGAUGGUCUCCUUCCUCCUUCUCUGACAAAAUUUUCUAUUGCUAGAUUCCACAAGCUUACUUCUCUGAAUGAAGUGCUUAAGAAACUGACCUCGUUACGGUAUCUAUCUAUCAUGAACUGCGAAAAACUUAAUGUCUUGCCUAGUGAAGGGCUGCUUGAACAGCUGUGGCAUCUGGAAAUCAGUAACUGCCCUCUUCUGAUGCCACGGUGUCUGAGGGACAAAGGGGACUAUUGGCCGAAGAUAGCUGGAGUUCCUUGUGUGGAGAUAGAUGGAACUUACGUUUAUAAACAACCUUCAGUUUGAGGCACUCACUUGGGAGGACUUGCUUGCUUGAUUGUUGGCUAGGCAGUUUGUGAUGAGAAUUGGCAAGAUAAUGCUGUCCAGAAACACUGCUACACGAGUCUUGUUGAAGUCUGUUUUUAAGCUCGAAAUACUUAGUAUACGUUCUUCCAAAUAUGGCCCGACUCCACAUUUUCGAGCUGAAAACAUUGAUGUGGAAGGCUCGACGAAGUGGAUGUUUCUGAUUAUUUUGGGGGGUGGUGAUAUUCUUGCUCUGGUGAUUCAUAAUAUUGUUAGAUAAUUAGAUGCAGUAACUGAUGUUUGAUGUAUCAGUGUUUAUGUGUAAUCUUCUUUUAUCAGAAAGAAUUUGUGGAUUCUUCAA